GAGAGGGACUGGCAGAGAGCAGAGGCCGCCUCGCAGGGCGCCUGGCCGGCGCACCGGGUCCCGCGUGGCCGAGCGUCCCAGCGCCCGAGGCGGUGUGAGUGGCGGUGGCCAGGCUGCCACGCGCUAUGCGGACUCGUCUGAGAUGAGCAGCCCACGCAGAGCGGUGUACGCGCCUCUCCGGAGAUCGCUAAGCGAGCAGCUGCGGGACUCCAGCGCCAGAGCCUGGGAUCUGCUGUGGAGGACCGUCCGCGAGCGGCGGCUGGCAGAAAUCGAGGCGAAGGAAGCAUGUGACUGGCUCCGAGCUGCAGGGUUCCCACAAUACGCUCAGCUGUAUGAAGAUUCGCAGUUUCCCAUCAACAUUGUGGCUGUCAAAAAAGACCAUGAUUUUCUCGAAAGGGACCUUGUAGAACCUCUUUGCAGACGACUUAAUACGCUGAACAAGUGUGCCUCCAUGAGACUUGAUGUGAAUUUCCACAGGAAAAAGGGCGACGACUCAGAUGAAGAAGAUCUGUGCAUCAGCAACAAAUGGACUUUUCAGAGAACCAGCCGCAGGUGGUCCCGUGUGGAUGACCUGCAUACACUGUUGCCCGGGACAGACAGAAACGGGUCCCCAGGAGGCCCUAGGAUGAGAAACACAGCCAGCAGUGAGAGUGUGCUGACAGAUCUGAGCGAGCCGGAAGUCUGCUCCAUUCACAGCGAAAGCAGUGGGGGUAGUGAUGGCCACAGCCAAUCGGGGCAUCAUUCUGCUGACAGCACACCUGCGCUGGAGGGCAGCCUGAUCAGCAGCGGCCUCCUACAGUCUCCCCGAGACAGUCUCAGCCAGUCUCUUCACCCCAAGAAUGAGAAACCCACCAGGACCAGGGCCAAGUCCUUUCUGAAACGCAUGGACACCCUGAGAGUGAAGGGCGCGCUCGGGAGGCAUAAGGGACCAGGGAGGACAGGUCUGGUCAUCAGCAGGCCCGCACUGCAGCAGGAGCCCGAGUCCUUGAAGACCAUGCAGUGCGUGCAGAUACCCAAUGGAGAUCUGCAGACCUCACCUCCACCUGCCUGCAGGAAAGGCCUCCCAGGCUCCAGGAAGUCGAGUGGCGAGAGCAGCUCCCUGGAGAGCAGCAGCCGAGUGAGCACUCCAGGCCCGAAGGAGCGCAAGUGCCACCACGAGGCCCACAAACGCGGCGGCAUGUACCUGGAGGACCUGGAUGUGCUGGCAGGGACAGCAUUGCCAGACACAGGGGACCAAAACCAUGCGCAUGGGUUUCACUCCCAAGAGAACUUGGUGGUCCAUAUUCCCAAGGAUCACAAACCGGGAACGUUCCCCAAAGCCCUCUCUAUAGAAAGCCUCUCACCCACAGACAACAGCAAUGGGGUUAACUGGAGGACAGGGAGUAUCUCCCUUGGUAGGCAACAGGGCCCUGGCGUGAGGGAACCCAGACUCAUGCCUUCCUGCCACAGAGCCAGCCGCGUCAGUAUCUAUGACAACGUCCCCAGCUCACACUUGUAUGCCAGCACGGGAGAUCUGUUGGACCUGGAGAAAGAUGGCCUCCUUCCUCAGCUGGACGACAUUCUACAGCAUGUUAAUGGCAUACAAGAGGUAGUGGAUGACUGGUCAAAAAACAUCUUACCCGAACUACAAAGUCACGACGCGUUGGCAGGGGAUCCUGGUCUGUCCCCAUUCCCGUCUACCAAUCAGGUCACUUUAGAUUUUGAAGGCAACUCAGUCUCAGAAGGUCGGACAACACCUAGCGAUGUGGAAAGGGACAGGACAUCUCUGAAUGAAUCGGAGGCCACUGGGGUCAGAGAAAGAAGGGAUUCUGGCGUAGGGGCCUCUCUGACCAGGCCAAACAGACGACUACGGUGGAGCAGCUUCCGGCUCUCACACCAGCCCCAGCCUUCCGCAGCCACCACACACAUAAGCAGCCAGACAGCCGCCCAGCUCAACCUUCUCCAGCGUUUCUCCCUGCUCCGGCUCACGGCCAUCAUGGAGAAGUACUCGAUGUCCAACAAGCACGGCUGGACCUGGUCCGUUCCAAAGUUCAUGAAGAGGAUAAAAACUCCUGACUACCGAGACAAGGCUGUCUUCGGUGUUCCGCUCAUAGUCCACGUCCAGAGGACAGGACAGCCCCUGCCUCAGAGCAUUCAACAAGCACUGAGGUAUCUACGUAGCAACUGUCUGGAUCAGGUGGGUCUUUUCCGCAAGUCAGGAGUGAAGUCUCGAAUCCAUGCCCUACGUCAGAUGAACGAGAACUUCCCUGACAAUGUGAACUAUGAAGACCAGUCUGCAUACGACGUGGCAGACAUGGUGAAGCAGUUCUUCCGGGACCUCCCUGAGCCUCUUUUUACCAACAAACUCAGUGAGACCUUCCUCCACAUCUAUCAGUAUGUCCCCAAAGAACAGCGGCUGCAGGCCGUGCAGGCCGCCAUCCUGCUGCUGGCAGAUGAGAACCGGGAGGCCCUGCAGACGCUCCUGUGCUUCCUGCAUGACGUAGUGAACUUGGUGGAGGAGAAUCAGAUGACGCCCAUGAACCUGGCCGUGUGCCUGGCCCCCUCCCUCUUUCACCUGAACUUACUGAAAAAGGAAAGCUCCCCGAGAGUCAUCCAGAAGAAAUAUGCCACUGGGAAGCCAGACCAGAAGGACCUCAACGAGAACCUAGCUGCAGCUCAAGGGCUCGCCCACAUGAUCACGGAAUGCAACCGGCUCUUUGAGGUUCCACACGAGAUGGUGGCCCAGUCUCGCAACUCCUACUUAGAGGCUGAAAUCCACGCGCCCAGCCUGGAUGACCUGGGAGCGCAGCUGGCAGAGAGCGGGGCAACUUUUCACACGUACCUGGAACAUCUUGUCCAAGGCCUCCAGAAAGAGGCUAAGGAGAAAUUCAAGGGAUGGGUCACAUGCUCCAGCCCUGACAACACAGACCUGGCUUUCAAAAAGGUGGGGGAUGGGAACCCGCUGAAGCUGUGGAAGGCAUCUGUGGAGGUGGAGGCCCCGCCCUCGGUGGUGUUGAACCGUGUGCUGAGGGAACGCCACCUGUGGGACGAGGACUUCGUGCAGUGGAAGGUUGUGGAAACUCUGGACAGACAGACGGAAAUCUACCAGUACGUGCUAAACAGCAUGGUUCCACAUCCCUCCAGAGACUUCGUGGUUCUCAGGACCUGGAAGACCGAUUUGCCCAAAGGAAUGUGCACGCUGGUGUCCCUGUCUGUGGAGCAUGAGGAAGCGCGGCCCAUGGGUGGCGUGCGGGCCGUGGUGAUGGACUCUCAGUACCUGAUAGAGCCCUGCGGUUCCGGCAAGUCCAGGCUGACCCACAUCUGCAGAAUAGACCUGAAGGGCCACUCCCCAGAAUGGUACAGCAAAGGCUUCGGACACCUCUGUGCUGCAGAAGUUGCCAGAAUCAGGAACUCUUUCCAGCCUCUCAUUGCUGAGGGUCCAGAAACAAAAAUCUAAGCUUUCCCCAGCGUGACAUCAAACUCAGGGAACAAGAAGGGAAAAGAAGGCUCACAGUGUGGUGAGUUCCCCGCAUGUGCAAGAAUGUCACAGUGGGAGCCGGAGGUCAUGGAGACCGUGGGGCCUGUUCUAGCCUGCCUGGAGAUGGCUAAUCCCUACUGAUAAAUAAUGUCUCGGGACACGUAGCUAUACUGCUUAAAAUUAAAUGGGUUGUUCCUGCCGCGUUGCCUAAUUUGCUAUUUAAAGGCUUCUAAGAAGCGUGUCUUCGUUGUAAAUAAAUGUACUGUAGCAUUUGUACAUGUAUGUAUAUCCCCCUUUACUGUAUAUAUGUAAAAUACUGGUUUUAUAUAUAAUUCAGUGUCUGACUCUGUGAGUCUCCUCACAUAGCUCUUCCCAGGUUGCUGUCCCCGCCAGCUGAGCAGAGCCUGCUGAUAAACACCAAAGUGUCAAAUGUGUAGUCCGACAGUCUGCCCAUGCUUACCCAAAGAUUAGCUAACCAAAGAAACACAGAGUUAAAAGCUUCUGCCACGGGUCGGCCUCUUCUUUCUGAUGUUUAAAGACUGGAGGAGGGUGUUGACAUAAGUUGAGAGAAAUAAUGUUUGCUUCUCUUCAACGCAAAGCCGCAGGUGAGAAGUUAUUGCCAAAUCCAAGACUAGAUCCUAGACUGCCUCGGGGCCCGCUCGAUGCAGGGGACUGAGAUGUCAGGUGGCGGCUGAAGCGGGCACCGGGGACUGAAAUGGCACUGGUACCACCCACCCCCUGCACGGAAGUAAACCGUGGAAUCUGUCCACAGAGCCAAAGGGAGACCGCAUAUCCUCUUGAGACUCAGAUAGUUCUCAUAAUGCUCUUUAACCAUCUAUUUGACCAGUGGCCUAGGUGGCCACAGCUAUUUAACGUGUUCUUGCACUGACCUUGGCUCUGGACACCAGACAAAGUAAGAUGGCGCUCCAUCAAGUGUCCAGGGUCAUCACAGCUUCAGGGAAUUCCAAGUAUCCUAUAGAUGACACUCUUGAAACCUAAGCCAUUAAAAAUCUUGCUAUCUGAAAGACAGGGUUUUAGACUAACCCAAGACCAAAACUGUCUCAUUAGUUAUUUAUAGAAGUUUCAGGCCAGAGCUACCAAGCCCGCCUUCCAUUAUUCAGUGCCAGCGCCUGCGCGUUUGACCCCAGCCUUAUUUAUUACUGUACAGACCGAGCAAACUGGCUUUCCUUAACCAAGUGAGGAUGGAGUUGUUAUUUUUUUUAUUGUGAUAUAACACCUGUAAAGAGAUAACUUAUUAUGUCUGGCCUGCAGGAAAGAUUGUGUUAGGUUGUCUAGACAGAGAUUGAUAUCCUAAUUCAGCCAUUGGUGUCGGAAGACGAGGAAAAAACCAAGCGUGUAUUUUCCGGGUUUUUGUUGUUGUGUUAUAUACACUAAGGCGGUGUUUUCUUUUAUCUGUGGUGUGCAAUCGUUUUAUUGGGAGGAAUAAAGUUGCUUUCUGUGUAUUUGGCAUGGCCCAGGGAAAAGCAGGAAAGGUAGUUUUUCAUUCUUGUAUCUGCCCGGGAGUCAGACCACAGGUUGCCUCCUGGGCAGCGUUCUGUGGACUGGACAAAUCCCCUUCUGCCAUUACAUCAUGCCUGCUAUUCUGGAUGAUGUUUUAUGUAUUGUCAAGACCAUCAGUGGAACUUUAGCUCCACACUGCCCCUGCCCCAGAGUUGGGGCACUAUGCAUAGAAAGCAGAAUGGGCACCCCAGGGUGGCUAGCGUUGUUUCUCAGGGAGCGUACUUGUUUGGCACGCACUGGGGAUAGUUAAGACCUUGUGAGUAUGCUCUGAUCCAGGCCGUGUGGGAAGGAACAUCGAUCCAGGCCUCGUGGGCGGCCCCGACUUUCCCUAUGUCUAAUAAGCCUGAGGGUGCAGGGCGCUGGCCUCAAGGACACACUUUGAGAAAUAAGGACCUAGGGAAUACUAAACCUGAAUAAAAUGAUACGAUUGUAUUUCUCAGCCCCUUGCUCUUCCCAUUUCGCCACUUUCCGAUUUUAUGCACAUACUAAUCACAAAAUAAAGGGACGGGAGGGGGUUAAAGAUGCUUCGAGCUUGUUUGUCAAAUACCACAGUAUUUUAUUCAUUGUUAUCUUGCUGAUGGAAAUAAAAAACAUUGCAUUUAAAUAUUAUAUUUAUACCUCAUGUAUAUUUUUACCUCAAUUGUUGGCAUCAAUCACCAGUUGUAAAUAAAUAAUUGCCAAGGCAGAAAAAUUUAUAUACAUUAAAUAUUUCCUAUUUUCUAUAAAAUACAUGUGCAUUUUCAUGAUUCAUUCUGUAAGUAGAAAGUUUGCUUCAUGAGGAAGAUGUCUCCAGAAGGCAGUUUCGCUUUGACUCCACACACACAGGUGUCCACAGACAUUUCAUGACUGGUUAGAUGUCAGGUGUCAGGGCUGGAAAGGUGAUUCAGUGCUUAAGAGCAUUCGCCACUCGCCUAGAGGACCUGGGUUCAGGUCCCAGAACCCACAUGGCGGCUCACAACCGCCUGUACAUGCGGUGCCUGGUGACCCAAUGCUACCUUCUGGCCUUCAAAGAUACAUGAAUGCAGACAGACACACAAACACGAAAAAGGGGACAGGAUCUUGGAAGAGUUGGGAGAGGAGAAAGAAUAUGAUCAAGAUAUAUGGUAUGGAAAAAAGUAGAAAUUUAAAUGAUAAGUGAGUCUUUGGCAACUAAGGUAU